UUUAAAUCAGAACGGUUACGGGAAUCGCGAAUCGAGAAGCGACGGAGCGACGUCACCGCCGCCGUCACCGUUAACAAAAAGUGUCAACCGACUGCUGGCAGCGCUUCAAUUCAGCGUGUGCCGCUUAACGGUAACGGUCCUGCGACGCGAUCGCACAGUCUUUCCUUCCAGUAUUUCGCGAUUUUUUUCCUUUUCACCUGACCAACCGUCCAACAACAAACAAAGAACUUAACGAACGCUAAAAGUUCUCCUGAGUGUUUUUUUUUUUCAUCCAUUUUUGAUCGUAGUGCGACACCCCGACGAGCAUGUCGCCAAAUCGAUGGAUCCUGCUGCUCGUCUUCUACAUAUCCUACCUGAUGUUCGGUGCUGCGAUCUAUUACCACAUUGAGCACGGCGAGGAGAAGAUAACGCGCACCGAGGUGCGCAAGGAGCAAAUUGCAAUCAACGAAUAUCUUCUGGAGGAGCUGGGCGACAAGAACGCGAGCACUCAGAACGAGAUUCUCGAGCGGAUUUCGAAUUAUUGUGGAAAACCCGUAACGAAUCCGCCGGCUCAUGAUGAUACCCCCUACACGUGGACCUUCUACCACGCCUUCUUUUUCGCCUUCACCGUCUGUUCGACGGUGGGCUAUGGCAACAUAUCGCCAACCACCUUCGCCGGACGGAUGAUCAUGAUUGUGUACUCGGUGAUUGGAAUCCCCGUCAACGGAAUCCUCUUUGCCGGCCUGGGCGAGUACUUUGGUCGUACGUUCGAAGCGAUUUACAGGCGAUACAAAAAGUACAAGAUGUCGACGGAUAUGCACUAUGUGCCACCUCAGCUGGGACUGAUUACCACGGUGGUGAUUGCCCUGAUACCGGGCAUAGCCCUGUUUCUGUUGCUACCCUCGUGGGUGUUCACCUACUUUGAGGACUGGCCCUAUUCCAUCUCGCUGUACUACAGCUAUGUGACCACGACCACGAUAGGAUUUGGUGACUUUGUGCCCACCUUUGGGCCCAAUCAGCCUCGCGAGUUUGGCGGCUGGUUUGUGGUCUAUCAGAUCUUUGUGAUCGUGUGGUUCAUCUUCUCCCUGGGCUACCUGGUCAUGAUCAUGACAUUUAUAACCCGGGGUCUGCAGAGCAAGAAGUUGGCGUAUCUGGAGCAGCAGUUGUCCUCCAACCUGAAGGCCACUCAGAACCGCAUCUGGACAGGUGUCACCAAGGAUGUGGGCUACCUGAGGCGAAUGCUCAACGAGCUCUACAUCCUCAAAGUGAAGUUUUGUGGAAAGAGAAAUAGAAAGAGGUCGAAGAAUAAGGCUAAGACUGAGCAGAAAGAGAAGAGCAGCAGAAAUAUUGCCUACACCCUGCCCCGUUCCGCCUCGUGUCCUGAUCUGAGCAUGUACCGGAUGGAGCCGGCACCCAUUCCCAGCCGGAAGAGGGCCUUCUCCGUGUGCGCGGACCUGGCUGCCGCUCAAAGGGAUGCCGGCCUGAUGGUGCACGCCAGUUCCGAUACGGAGCUGAGCAAACUGGAUCGCGAGAAGACGUUCGAGACGGCGGAGGCAUACCGCCAGACCACCGAUCUGCUGGCCAAGGUGGUCAGUGCUCUGGCCACGGUGAAGCCACCGCCGGCGGCGGAGCAAGAGGAUGCGGCCCUAUACGGUGGCUAUCAUGGCUUCUCCGACUCCCAGAUCCUGGCCAGCGAAUGGUCGUUCUCGACGGUGAACGAGUUCAGCACACCGCGACGACCUCGUGCCCGAGCCUGCUCCGAUUUCAAUCUGGAAGCUCCGCACUGGCAGAGCGAACGACCACUGCGCUCCAGCCACAACGAAUGGACGUGGAGCGGCGACAACCAGCAGAUCCAGGAGGCCUUCAAUCAGCGCUACAUGCGGUCCAACGGACAGGCCAACGCGACCAUGGUCCAUCUGGAGCCGGAUGCGCUGGAGGAGCAGUUGAAGAAGCCAUCGCCAGCGGGCGGUCGCGUCAAGAAGUUCUCCAUGCCGGAUGGCCUGCGCCGCCUGUUUCCGUUCCAGAGGAAACGGCCGUCACAGGAUCUGGAGCGCAAGUUGUCGGUGGUGUCGGUGCCCGAGGGUGUCAUCUCGCAGCAGGCCAGAUCUCCGCUGGAAUACUACAGCAACACGGUCACGGCGGCCUCCAGUCAGUUCUAUCUGCGGAACGGGCGUGGUCCGCCACCACCCUUUGCAUCCAAUGGCAGUUUGGCCAGCGGCGGGCUAACCAACCUGGGCUUCCAGCUGGAAGAUGGAGCCACGCCGCCAUCGGGAUUGGGCGGAGUUGGAGCUGGAACAGGAGCUGGAUCAGGAGGAGCCUAUCAACGCAGGCUGGCGGCCGGAAAGCGACGACGCGAGAGCAUCUACACCCAGAAUCCGGCACCAUCCGCCCGCCGGGGUAGCAUGUAUCCGCCCACCGCCCAUGCGCUGGCCCAGAUGCAGAUGCGGCGCGGCAGCCUGGCCACCAGUGGCUCCGGAUCGGCGGCCAUGGCGGCGGUGGCCGCGCGACGUGGCAGCCUCUUCCCGGCCACCGCCUCGCCAUCCUCGUUGGCCUCCGCGUCCUCUGCCCCGCGUCGCAGCAGCAUAUUCUCGGUGACCUCCGACAAGGACAUGAACGUGCUGGAGCAGACCACAAUUGCGGAUCUGAUCCGUGCCCUCGAGGUGGUCCACACGCAUGCCGUGCUGGACGAACAGCAACAGGCGGCGGCCGAGGGAGGAGCUGCCUCAAGGAAGGGUAGCCGCAAGCAGCGCAAGAUGGGCAAUGCGGGACUGGAUCCGCCACAGUUGCCACCCAUCCUGUCGCUCUUUGCCGGCGAUCAGACGAGAAGUUUGCAGGCGGCGGCUGCCAAUCGAUUGUAUGCCCGUCGCUCCACCAUUGUGGGCAUAUCGCCCACGGGAGGAGCGGCUAGAUCUCUUUUGGAGCCACCGCCCAGCUAUACCGAAAGAGCCGGAACUCAGAGUCAGAGUCAGAGUCAAAGUCAGAGUGCUGGAAAUGGUGUUCCCGUUUCCGUUUCCGGUCCAUCGAAUGCCCAAAGUUCCGGGCAGAGCAAGUUCCGUCGUCGCUUCAGCGUUCGUCCGACGGCUCUGCAGAUUCCACCUGGACAGGCGCCACCGCCAGGUGCCAGCUUGUCGGAGCAGUCAUCGCUGCAGCGACGCCUCUCGCUCCGUCCAUCGCCACUGGCCCGCGAACUGUCGCCCACUUCACCAACCGGCGGUGGAGGUGGAGGUGCAAUCGCCUCGACAGCGGGAACAGCCAUGGAGGAGUCAGGAGGAGGAGGUGGAGCCGCAGGAGGUACAUCCGCCCAACGGCUGCUGCCCCUGCCCGCCGGCACAAGGCCCAGCACCAGCAGCACCCAUUCGCCGCUCUCGAGGAUCGUGCAGAUCUCGCAGGCGCAGCGAAAAAGCAGCAUGCCCAGCACAGCAGCGGGAUCGGGUGGUGGCCCCACCGGAUCCAGUGGCGAGAAGUAGUUAGUAAGCCGUAAUCCAUAUGCUGUAUUGCCAACUCGUAUAUGUCCAUGUCCAAGGGGACACUGUUUUGUAUCCCAAUUAGUCGAUAAGGCUGCCAAAAGUCCCUUAGUUGUUAUAGCUAAUAUUAUCCGUUAUCUAUUUACAAAUAUCCAGUUAUCCUAGUGUUAUGUAUUUUUUAGAACUAUCUCUCUCUCUCUCUCUCUAUUGUUAUCCUGUAUCUGUAUGCAUAUCCUAAACUAUAUGAAGAAUAUAUAUGUAUUGCUCUAUGUUUGUUGCUAAGAAGGGGCUUAUAUGAACAAAACAAUUCACAUGCUUUCAAGCAUUCAAUUGAGACCAACAAAGGAUCUCGAUUCGUAUGUUAUUUUUCCAUCAAUCAUUUCACAUGCUGUUAUACAAUAAAGAUAAUCUGCAACAGUA